AUGGAGCUUAAGAGCCUGUUUUGCUGGCACAGCACUCAGGCCACAGGUGCUUCUGACACAAGUGACAUCAAGCUGGCCAUGUCCACGCUGGCCACUUCCACUCUGGCCCUCCCCCAGGUCAAACACAACCCUGGCGUGGCCCUCAAUGAAACCGAGUUUGACACUGCUGUUCUAGAGGAAACAAGGGAGGGAGUGAAGCUUCAUUCUUUUCUGAAAGGCAUUACAUUCAAUAACAGUGUUGGUGAAAAGAUCUCCCUUGAUAAAAAUGGAGAAUUCAUUGGUGGAUUUGAUAUUAUCAACUGGAUCACAUUCCCAAACCAGUCCUUUCUUAGGGUCAAAGUUGGAAUGGUAGAUCCUACAGCUCCAGCAGAGAAGUUCUUCAAUAUUUUCGUAGAUUCCAUCAUGUGGCCAGCAGGCUUUAAUCAGGCAUUACCUCUAUCUUUAUGUAAUGAUCCUUGUGAGACCGGAUACAGCAAGGCGAAGAAAGAAGGGGAGUCAUUUUGCUGCUAUGAUUGCCAGCUGUGUCCAGAGGGAAAAAUAACAGAGGAGAAGGACAUGGAUGAUUGCUCUCUGUGUCCAAAUGAUCAUUAUUCAAACCUCCAUCGAAAUACGUUUAUUCCAAAGCGGAUCAGCUUGUUGUCCUACAAUGAGUCUAUGGGGAUCAGUCUAACUAUUCUUUCCCUUUGCUUUUCAUUGAAGACAAUUUUGGUGCUCACAAUCUUUGUUAAAUAUAAAAACACCCCCAUUGUCAAAGCCAAUAACCGGAAUCUCACUUACACUCUCCUUGUUUCCCUCCUGCUCACUUUCCUUUGUGCAUUUUUAUUUAUGGGAAGACCUGGUAAGAUUGUGUGUCUCCUUCGACAAUCAGCUUUUGGACUCAUCUUCUCUGUGGCGGUUUCUUGUAUAUUGGCCAAAACCUUUGUUGUGGUACUAGCCUUCAUGGCCACCAAACCCGGGUCCAAACUGAGAAACUGGGUGGGUGGAAGAAUAAUCAGUUACAUUAUUCUUUCCUGCUCUCUUGUUCAAUUAAGCAUUUGUGCUGCAUGGCUGAUAAUAUGCCCACCAUACCCAGAUUUUGACGCAUACUCAAUGUCUGAAGAAGUCAUCCUGGAGUGCAAUGAAGACUCCUUCAUGUUCUGCUGUGUUUUGGGCUUUAUGGGUUUUCUUGCUCUGCUUAGCUUCUCUGCUGCUUUUCUAGCUAGGAAGUUACCUGACAGUUUCAACGAAGCCAAAUUUAUCACCUUCAGCAUGUUGGUCUUUUGCAGUGUUUGGUUUUGCUUUAUUCCAACCUAUCUAAGCACAAAGGGAAAAUAUACAUUGGCUGUGGAGAUCUUCUCCAUGAUCUCCUCCAGUGCUGGCUUACUGGUAUGUAUCUUCUUCCCCAAGUGUUUUAUCAUUAUGAUGAGACCUCAAUUGAAUAAUAAACAUCAGCUCAUGAAAAGAAAGUUUUAA